UUGUUUGUCAGUCAGCUGUUGAAGGAUCCUCAGGUUCUGUUCGCUGGUUAUAAGGUUCCUCAUCCUCUAGAACAUAAGAUCGUCAUCAGAGUCCAGACCACACCUGACUACAGUCCACAGGAAGCGUUUACAAACGCCAUCACAGAUCUGAUCAGCGAGCUGUCUCUUCUGGAGGAACGCUUCAGAGUCGCUAUCAAAGAUAAACAGGAAGGGAUUGAGUGACCACACCCCCUCACAAUGCCACUAUCUGCUUCUGUUAAUUUUUUUUAAUAAAGUCUGUGAUGUCACAA